CAGGAUCAGGCCCCGUGCACGCCGGCUUCUGCCCCACCAUCGGUCGGUGCUCAGGCUCCGCCUCCUACACCAAACCCUGCCAGAACGACGGUUCCUGCGGCCCUACAGAAAAGUGCUGCUUCGACACUUGCAACAACAGCAACGUGUGGGUCUGCAAGCCAGCAGCAAACAAGAAAUGGUAGAUCCCUCUGCGAAACACACGUCGACGCGUUUCUCCCUGCUGUGCGGAUGGCGAUGGAUGUUCUAAAUAUCAGUAAAGAAUGAGGAAUAUGAUUUUAAACAGCUAUAGUGUUCGUACAGUUUCCAUAUCGAGGUCCUGCCAUCCUUGCUUGAUGACAUUUUUCAAGAUAAUUAAGGGUAAAAUGUUAUAAAAACACAAACUACACCAACAUAGACAAGUAAAAUAGGAUGAAAUGGGUUGUAAUCACCACAACAACAUUCAGUUACAUGGAACAAUUAACACGAAAAACAUCGUAAGCAGUCAGGAAGAAGGAUCACCACGUGAUCUUGCAUUUGGCUGUUUAUUCUGCGCCUACGCCGUCAGUGCUACGCCAGGCCUGCGCCGAAAUAAAGAUCAUUUAUAAAAUUU